UAUACAACUCCUGUACUACGUCCGUUUAAUCCAUGCUUGAGCUAAAAAGCUUUGUAUAAAGUGAUGCAGGGUGCAAUUUACCCCAGCAAGCUACGUACAGCCAUUCAUUAUUGCUGACUCACAGGGUUGUCUGUCAUGUCUGGGUCGUGUAUGUACAUACUACACGUAUGAUCUCAUAGCUAAGUACAAUAACAAUGUAACCUCACGUCGUUGUUAGUAAAGUGGGGGUAACCCUGGCUUAAUCCAUGCCAUUUAUAGACACACAACAAAGGGAUGAUUUGGGCCAUUUCACACUUAACUCUGACUGACAACUUUACAUCUAAAGAGGAUUUCUGCUUGUGUUUUUGACAUUUUUUGUAGAUGCGUCGUGUUAUGCUACGUUCUGCAAUGUUUAUAUAGGUUGUUAAGGGUUUUUGGCGCUGUUUGUUUUGGUCUACGCGCUGCGAGACAUGUACACCGUUUAGUCCUAAGCCUUAAGGCUGCGUAGAAAACUUGUAGAACCGGUUCAACAACUCCUGCUCACCUCUAACAGCUGCCGCGUGGGUACACGGCUUAAUUUACUGUUAAUCUCUGAAAUUGUAGACCCUCGUCCGCUGCCUAGCACUUAAAACCCUCCUUACGAGUGGAACUGAUCGUCGUUUAAAACUUUUUAACGUAUGAAACUGCUUGAAGCUCUACAUCGUUGGUGAGAGUCUUUGUUGUGGUGCCAAACAUUUUGGUGUAACAACACGGUUCUGUUCAAAACCUGGCAGCACUGUGUAUGUGCGGACUUGGCAAAACAAGCUAAAAAUCUGCGGCAUCUGGCUGUUAAACUCCGAGCCAUGGAGGACAGGGGCCCAGGUGAGGGGUACGAGGGCUCCCGGGCGGAAUGGAUCUUGAAGCGGGCCAACGACUUCGACUGCAAGGCUCGAAGUUUCCGGUGCUGUCGGUGUGCCGCGCCGGCGGUGUGGGUCUGCCUGGACCCUGUGUGUGUCGCCCACAACGACUCCAACGUGCUGUGUCUGUGUGACGAGUGCGACCAGCGGUUCCACCCGGCGUCUCACCCCGUCAUGUGCCGCCACCGCCGCCUGGCCAUGGUGCUGUACAUCUCCCUCAUCAUGCUCUACCGCUACCAGCGGAUCGUGGAGUUCAUCUCGGCGGCGCAGCCAGGCGGUGACAGCGGCGGACCGUCUGCGGCGUCCCUGGCGCUCCCGGACGAGGUGAGCAGCUCGACACAACCCGAGGUGCCUCCCAAGACGGAGACAGAGGUACAGGCGGUUUCUAACGCCGCACCGACGGCAUCCACCGAGAACACCACCGCGUCAGACCGCCUGACAUCGCCCGUCGCGUCAGGUGGACUCACGACGUUAACCUGCCCAAGCAGCGACGUUAGCAGGAGUCAAUCCCUGAAGGAGGACGACCUCAAGUCCAUCCACGAGUCGUACGCCGCAGUGCUGGACCUCAUGCGGCGGGACAAGUCGCUGUCCCUUGCCGACGCCUGCCGACAGGAGCCCCGCGGGAAGCUGACGGUAAAGAACUACUCCGCCAUCGCCGAGCUCCGCCUGGUGGACGCCGAGUUCUACGCGGACACCCUGCGGGAGUACGAGCGGCGGCAGCGCGGGGCCGGCACGCUGUCAGGCCUGGACCGGGACUGCCGCAGCGUGCUGAGGGCGUACAGCGAGCGGGUCGCCGCCAUGAGGAAGAAACUGGAGUUACUCCCGUCAGCAUCACCAUGUGUCACACCGUCAUCAGAUAUCUCACAUUAGUAGAGAAAAUCACGACAAUAGUUUUCUUUCAUAUUUUUUUGAAACUUAAUUGUUGUUCAUAAAGUACAAGUACAUAAGUGACUAGUAACAUUAUAAGCUUACAUUUUUUCAUACGUUUCUCAAUAAGCAUUCAACUUUAAACAAUGAGACUAUAGUCUUGUUUGAUAAAUCACUUUGUUCACUUUAUGAUAUCAUUUAUUGUAAUGUUUAUACAGUUAAUGGUGUAAAUUAUAUUUGUUUAAGUGUGUUUUACAGAUAAUUAUAUUCGUCAUAUAUUGGUUUUCAUUUCCAUAUGAGAACCCAUCUCGGUAAAUGAUGCCUACUCGUCUGUCGUGUCGACAGGAGAUUCCAACAUAUUCUCUAACCUCUAAAUUCAUGAAAAUAUUUCGCGUGUAAAAGUUUAACAAAUAGAAAUGACCAACAUAUACGUUUAUAAAAGGAUACAGCUAGCUUAAGAUAGCUGUGUCAUUUACGUUUGAAUAUAUCUUAGUAUGUAACUAUACAAAAAUAAUAUAAAACUAAUUGUAACUGUGGAUUCAUCAUGGCUGUAACAUAUAGAGAACACCCACGGCCAAUGAAUAAAUUUUUUGGAACUUUGCGAUGUUCAGGCAGUACUAUUGUGUGAUAUACUACUACUAGAAAAGUCAUGUUACAUUGUACUAAAUAC